UUGACAAUCGAAAUCGAUAACUUGCCAGAUCUAUCUAGACAUCGAUAUUCGUAGUUGCCAGAAUGUUCGAGUGACGAUAACAUGCUAGCAAUCGACUAUAUAAGGGCUGCCGGGCUGGCAGCAAGACACAUUUCUGAUAAGAGAGUUGUCGAGUGAGGACAAUUCUAAGGAGAGAGUUGUCGAGCAAAGUGUAAACAAGUUAUAAGUUAGAGUUAUAAAGUAGAGUAUUGAGUACUAAAGUGUUAAGUUAUAAGGAAAUAGAAAUAAAGAUUAGUGUAUAGCCAUUAAUGUGUGACUUUUAUUUGACAAUCCAGUGAUCGAACUCAGGGUAGAGUUUUGGAGUAAACGACAGAUUUUGGAAAUCCGUUACAAUUGGUGUCAGAAGUGGGAUUGACAAAUAAAAUUCCAUAGGAGAUAAUGUUUAAGUUCAACGAUUUAAAGAUACCACAACUCAAAAAGGAGUUGGAACAACGAGGCCUAGCAACGAAUGGGUUGAAAGCUGAGUUACAAGCUCGUUUGCGAGAGGCGAUGGUAGAAGAAAACAUCAACGUGGCCGAAUUUGUUUUUGAAUCGCUGUUAGAGGAAUCAACAACGAAAAUUGAGGAAAAGGAAGAGAUUCCAUGUUCAUCAGGGGUACUGGACAUGAGCAAACUUUUGUCUGUAAUAUCGUCACAGUUCCAGGCGCAGUCAUUAGAGAUGAAAGCCCAGCAGUUGUCAUUGUUUGAAGACCAGGACACACGCUUAACAACAAAGUUGUCCCAACAAAUAAAGGACCAAAUAACAGAGCUAUCAACGCAGAUAUCAGCUCAAAUAUCGGUACAGUUAAAAGAGCAGAAGUUGGAAGCGAAUGGGGUAUCUUCAGAGUUAGGAAAGCAGAAGGAAGAAUCAAUGGACGAGACUUCAAAUAAAGCGGAUGUGUCAAUACAGCUGGAAACGCAAGACGAGUUGUUAACACAGACCGAAGCGAAUGAUGCGUGUAUGUCAAGGACUUUGGAAGCGCAUGGGCAGAUUUUGUCAACACAGUCGGAAGCGAAUAGGGUAUCCUCACAGUUGGAAAAAGAGGAGGAGGAUGAGCCAAUGGAUGUGACUUCAAAAGGAGUAGAAGUGUCAACACAGCUGGAAGUGCAUGGAGAGGGUAUACCAUCGCAGGUUUCAGCACAGGUGUUGACACAGUUGAAGGAACAGGAGGUGUAUAAAUCGACGCAUGUGAUCCCAGAGAAGACAGACGUGUCAUGGACAAAAGAUUGUGAUAUGAAGGAACAAGAAUCUCAAGAUGAAGCUCCAGUUGUGAAACAUUCAAAGAAUGAAGAAAUGUCUGCAGAACCUCUAUUCUCAAAGGCACAGUGGAACAGUUUCAAGUUGGUCGCUGGUUGCUUAUAUCGAGUGUGGAAAGGCAAAGGAGGAUACUGCUCCCGAUCUCUCGUGGUUGUUCGAAAUGAAAGAUCGCCUAAAGUUUGCUACGAGAUGCGCAAAGGUCCAAGUGAAGAGCACAUAAGAAUCACGGAAACCUUGGGAAAGUUGAGGAAUCAGUUUUGUUGGGUUGGUUGUCGUCAAUCAAUGAGAGAUUGCAUUGCAAAUGAGAUGUCGAGUUCCAAGAGACAUGGUCAGAUGAAGCAGUACAGUUUGGGAACGCCAUUGGAGCAAUUUGCCAUGGUUGUAGCUGGUCAAUUACCUACCAGCAAAUCAGGAAACAGGAGUGGUUUGAUGGCUAGGACGGAGAAAUACCCAAUUCUAAGCCAAGAGACUGACGAGAUGGUGGACGUAGACAUCAAAAGUUGGGAGAUGUGCCAGAAGCAAAGUGUCCGAAAAAUAUUUGAAGUUGCAUCACAUCCACGAUCCGAUAUCAUGGUGGAAAGAUUCAUCCGAAAUUUGGAAGAGCAUUUUAGAAAGCUGGUGGACAGGUAUCGUCAUAGAUACAGAGGAUCUCCAUAUAUCCAUGUUCCUGGAAUCAACGGCGUAGACCACUGCGAGUAUAAUUUUUGGUUACGGAAUGAUUUAAAAUUUAGGAAUAAUGCCAAUGGAAAAAGGAAUGUUAAGGAGGACGACAGUGUCCUAGAAGACGAAUUAGGGGAAGAAAUGCUAAGCGUUUGGUUCUGGAAGUAUGUCUAAUCGGGACGAUCAGACUUAAGUGGAGGGCAGUGUAACGAAAAUAGCACCAGAACAAACUAGAUUUGACAAUCCAGUGAUCGAAC